AUAAGUUUAUAUUUUUUUGGAAUGUUUUCGACUUCGCUCAAACUAUUUUGACUCAGUUCUGAAUAUUGAUUCUCAUCCUAAUUACAAUGAAAAUUGAAAUGUUAACCUUGAUACUAUUGUGCUUGUCUAUUUCAACCCGUGAGACAUUGAGUUUGAAUGACAACAUUUAUGAAUGGGCACAAAGAUCUGGUGAAUAUUCAAAGUGGAUAAAACAAGUUGAUAAAUCUGAUGAAAAUUACAAGCUAUUCCUACAGAAUUCUGUACUUAGAGUGACUGCUUUUAUACCCACAAACGAGGCUUUCGAUAAAUUUUAUGAGCCAUCUAAUGACAUCAUUGGUUCCCACUUGGUUUAUGGUUCAUUCGACUUAGAUAAACUUCUAAAGAUAAAAAAUAAGAGCCACAUAGGUGUUAAAAGAUCCAUGUUACGAUUCAGUAGGGGCUUUGACGAAAGCCGCAACCGAAGCGCUGUUUUCGUUUUGGAUGCUCGAAUUCUUGAAAGUCAUCAAGUUGGAAACUCAAUGGUGCACAUUAUUGACCGUGUUUUGAAUCUCCCUAAAUCUACAGAAUCAGUUGUUCCUAAUGCUUUGGAAUGGAUCAGAAAUCCAAACAUCUAUCCUUCUGUAUCUGUUGCAAGUGGCGUGGGUACUUUCUCAGAUUUUAUCGAGAGGCAAAAUGUUACUUUCCAAUUCUCAAAUUGUACUGAAUGUACCUUUUUCGUACCAGAGAAUAUUGAUAACAAAACGGCAGCAAAAAUAGAUGCGAAUGUUUUGCUCGGCCACGUUAUUCCAAAUCAAAUACUUUUCCUAAGAUCUACGAAUAAUUCAACCCCUUACAAAACUAAAGCUGAUUCAAGUAACUUAACUGUCGAGCUUUACAAGGAAGAAAGAUCAGAAUCUGACUCAAUGGAAUCAUUCGUUUAUUUAAAUACCAAGGGAUCCAUCAGCACUCAUUUCGGUAACACUAGAGUUAAAAUUACACGAGCUAAUAUUCCUGUCAACAAUGGAGUGAUCCAUAUCAUCGAAAAGCCAUUGAUCAAUACUGAUGUGUCAAUCUCGCAUUACCUUAAUGCAGAAAGUGAAACCAAUGAAGUUCAUGAAUCAGUGAACAUACCUAUCGGAGAAGGGGAAGGUCUCAUAAAAUCACAUUUUAUUGAACAAAAAACGAUCAGCACUCAAAGCGAUGGUAUGUUUAAGGAGACUGCUUCUCUUGGGCCAAACAUAGAGCCAGACUUUUCUGUUGAAGACAGAUGUCGCACAACUUUCUUUAUUGGUGAGAAGCUCAAUUGGACUGAGCAGUUGAGUAGUAGAAAUGAUGAUUGUUUUACGUUUUUUGCUCCCACCGAAGCUGCCUGGAACAAGCUUCAUGAACGAGACCCUGAAACAUACAAGAAAUUGAUUAAUGGUUCGAUUGUAGAAGGUGGCAAAUGGAUACUGGAACAAUUUUUAAUAAAACUUGCUUGGCCUUAUGACAUUUUAGCAAGCCUGCCAGGUAUCAGCACAGAGACUACCUUAUUUGAAUUUUUGAAAGGGCCUCAAUUAACCUUAAAGUACAUAAAUUCAACCACUACCAUCGUUCGUCCUGACAUCACAGCAAUAAAUGGGUACAUACACGGAAUAGAUACAGUUAUUACCCAAGAUAUACGUCUGUAAAUAAAGGUUUACAAAACUCAGUGAGCUGACUUCUGUACUAUUUAAUCUUCAGCUCAAGUUGUCCAAAUUAGUCCAGGUACUUUAAUACUUUAAUCGAUAUAUUCGCAAAU